UAAUAUCCACCAGAAUCCAUAUCAUGAUACCCUCAGAGUAAAUAAAUUAAUCACCCCAGCCAGAAUGUCUACAAACACCAUAGCCACCGCUCAUCCCCAAAACCCCAUCUCCUGCGAACCAUGUCGACAGAAGAAAUGCAAAUGUGACCGACUCCUUCCGACCUGCACACAAUGUGCCACCACGCCAUCCUCGCAGAGCAGAUGUAUAUACCCUGAGAGUGGGAAACGAGGUCUUCCGCAAGGGUACAUAACCCAUCUUGAGCAUCGUCUCGCCGCCACAGAAGCGGCUCUGUUCUCCGUGUAUUCCCAAAUACGGGCUGGGAGUCCUGUGCAACCACAGGGGCAAUCCCACAUACCGGAGGGCACUCUUCCUGUUCCUGUUGAUGCGGUGGCUGCGUCGAGGGGAAGUCGGACGGAAAAUAUGGCUGAGUGGCAGGCGUUGCCGUUGACAGCUGGAGGAGAGUUGGAAAGAUGGUGGGGGGUAAAGAAAAGGGCUUGGGGGGUAGAGAUCGAAGAUGGGGGUGGCUCUUCUGGUGGCUUUGGGCAAGAGAGUGAGAAGGGAGCGUUGGCUGAGGCCCGGAAUGGACCGGACACAGGGGGAAGGGAAUCGAACUUAGAAUUAGACAGUGGGAAGAUGACUAGAGCGGAGAGGCUGGCAAGGCUGGAAUCGAGGGUAUAUUUUUGAACUGUCAUUUUACUCUAAACCGAUUGAGUAUGUCCAUGUGGAUCAUAUUGGGUGUAGGAUGUAUCGUCCCUUGGUGUACAUGAUAUGAA